AUGUCCCAGACACUUGCUCAGCCAUACCAGCAGCUCAAGCGAGCAUGGGAGUCUCGCCCUCAGGACCUAGAGCAAUGCGGCAACUCCUCCUCAACUCAAAGACUCAUUGAAGCGGGGCUUUUGUUUCCUCAAGCAUCAGCAAAUACUAGUGACCUCGAAAUUACCCGCGAGAUCCUAGAAAUUGGUGCGUUUUGGUCGAUAAGGACAAAGGACAUCUCAUCCUUUGAUCGUUAUUAUGCACAACUCCAAACUUUCUAUACGGAUUACGCGGGUACACUAAAUGCAUCCCCAAGAGAGGCGCCUCUUCAGGGACUCAAUCUACUCCGACUUCUCACUCAAAACCGUAUCGCUGAAUUCCAUACUACCAUCGAAGGUCUACCUAGUUCAUCUAUUUCGAGUCCAUACAUUCAGCACCCAGUCAAUCUGGAGCGAUGGUUGAUGGAAGGGAGCUACAGCAAGGUGUGGAAUGCUCGAAGUGAGCCCCUUCCAAGUUACGAACAAGAAUAUGGAUACUUUAUGGAGAGUCUGAUGGGAACCAUUCGCGAUGAGAUUGCAAGCUGCGGUGAGAAUGCAUACGAAAGCCUUCCUCUUAACGACGCGGCGACGCUGCUGUUCUUCAAUUCGCCCAACGAUUUAUUACAAUUUGCUCAACAGCGCGGCUGGUCGAUCAAUCUUUCAGCUCAAACAAUCACGUUUACCAAAAAACGAGAGGAAAAGGUGGACAUACCUAAAAAGGAUAUCAUAACCUCAGUAUUGCAAUAUGCCCGAGAGUUAGAGCAAAUUGUAUAA